AUGUAUGCUGCAGAUCUGCGGAGGCAGUGGGAAGGGGAGCGAAAGAAAGCACUUAAUCUGCAGAAACAGAGGCAGGCAGCUGCAAAGCUGCGCCAGGAGCGAUUUGUGGAGAGGAGGAAAAAGCUGCGCACAGAGCGACAGGCAGCACAGGCAGAUGCACGCGCCAAGUUUGACAAGCGGAUACGCGGCAAGCAGGCAAGCAACCAAGUCCGUAAGUCCGUUGGUGGUGCUCACAUCAGGAGGGAGGUCUUGCUGGAGCAGAGCAAGAACUGGAUCAAAGCGGAGAACCUGGACAUGCGAAUAGAGGAAGCACUCGACAACCCAGUACCACUGGCAAAGUAA